AUGAACUCCUUCUCUUCGCAAGACUUCCAGGACUGGGUGGACCGACGCCAAAGUACUGUUUCUUCCUCCACCGUGUCGUCCGCGUCAACGAGCAUCCUCUUCCCGAGCCCCGCGACCUCGCCGGGGUCCAGCUCGAGGAAACAGUCCUGGCAGUUCUACGAUGAUGUCGUGCGGCUGGAACUGACUCCGUCGGUGCAAAUUUCCUUUGUGAAACAUGGACAGCUGUUUAAGCUGAAAUACACUUAUAUCGAUAUCUGCAAAGAUGCGACGGGUGCGCUGAGGUGUUUAGAGCUUGGGGGAGGACUCGGGCAACAGACACCUUUCAUCCACGGCUGUGAGUUGCGCGGGCUGUCCACGGAGUCGACAAAGGAUGCUAAUCAGGGCGAUUUAGUUUCAAAUACCAAACUUCCAGUUCCGCAUUUAGAGCACCCAAAAGCUGGCGACGACUACCCUCUGCGGGUGUCAUUCAUGGAGCAGCAGACAAUCCAGGCUGCCCAUACAGUGUUUAUGACCCAACUCUCCUAUAAAUUCGAAAACUGGAAUGGUAUGCGACCGCGAAACCCCGAGUUCCAGGCCUUGCGCUUACAGGUUACAGAUUGUGUACGAUUUCAGGAGAUUCUCCUCGGCUCCAAGCUCAUAUUCAUCGGUGGGAUGGCCGAGGCCAAAUCCAAAGGUCGAGGAGAAGAAUGCAUUAGCCAAAACCUCCGCAUCCUCCGCGGCCACAAUGGAAAACGCGUCAUGCUCUUCUUUGCUAAUUCCCAACGGAGGGAGCUCAAACGAUACGUCUCUAUUCCACGUGAGUCAACACGCCCUCUGUCUAGACUCGGACGCGCCCCUUCCCCCGUGGCACUUGCUAAUUUCCGGCUAGUUAACUGCGUUGGGGGUAUUAAACCGCCGAAAAAGGCUGGGCGACCAGCCACACUGGAUCUAAAUCCGAACUUUGAGAUUCUGUCUCAGAUGAGGAAUUUUACAGUUCAGUUUCUUGACGACGACGGUUAG